AUGGCUGGAGAAUGGGACGUAGCGGCCGCCCCGGUUGUGACAGACUUCGUCGAGCGCUAUUCUCAGUUCCACCUCCCUCUUAUCAGUCUCUCAGCGUCUGGCGUCCUGCUUGCGUGGCAAUUACGAAAAACAUCCUCCGCCCAGCAACGGGCCGCCCAAACACCCGCGAAAUCUGUCCGCGGUUUCUUCUUGGCUGCCCUCGAAGGUCUGCUACUAGCGACGACCUUGUCGCUAAGUCGGGAUGGCCUCGCUGCAAGUGCGUCCGCUAGUUCCUGGGCCGGCAUCGCUUUCGGGUCGUACCUGGGCGGAUUGUAUAUUUUGACUCUACUGCCGCUCUCCGGCCUCGAGCACGCCGGACGGGCUGCUCGCUAUCAUUCGGCUGCACUCUAUGCUAUUUCCUUGCUUGUGGCCACCGCAACCUCUGGUGUUGGCUCGACCGCGACCAAAGUAUCAGCUGCUCUGUUCGUCACCGCCUUGCUCUCGCCGCGCCCACCCCAGAAGGAUGUCCGCCUUCAGCUGGACGCGACGGGCGAGUCCCAGUCCAGCAUUUUUGGUCUUUGGGCGUUCGCCUGGCUAGAUGACAUGCUCUUCAAGGCCUGGCGCACCGGGAGCCUCCAGUCUCAGGACGUUCCGGAGCCGAUUCUGCUUAGCGAUGCCGACAAGCGUGUAAUUCGGACCAAGCCGGGGAGUGCUUCUCUUGUUCAUACCCUUCUACGACAUUUUGGGCCGCAGCUGGUUGUUCAGGCGGUCGUGGCGGUCGCUUGGGCAAUCCUGACAUUCAUGCCCACUUUGCUUUUGAGGUCCAUCCUCCAAUUUGUCGAGGGCCCAACCGAGUCCUCUAUUCAGGAAGCUCAGGGUUACGUGCUGCUCGUAUUUGCCACCAGUGUUUUAGCAUCCGCUGCCGAGGCUCGAACCAUUUGGCUUGGCCAGAAGAUUGGGCUCCGGCUGAAGACAAUCCUGAUUGGCGAGGUGUAUCAGAAAGCAUUGAGGCGGCCGGUGGCCGUUGGGUCUUCGAACGGCGGGACUGGAGGACAAACGGCUGAUAUCGGCACCAUCAUGAACCUCUUCACCGGCGAUAUCAACCAACUUGCUGAUCUGGGGGCCAACAUGCACCAGGUCUGGGCCUCAGUCCCCAUACAAAUCGUCAUGGCGGUCACGUUGCUCUAUUGGACUCUGGGGCUCAGCUCGUUUGCAGGCAUUGCGUUGAUGGCGCUGAUGGUGCCUGUAAAUUCCCGCAUCGCCCAAAGUUUGGGCGCCAUCCAGAUGCAAGUCAUGGCUGCAUCGGACGUCAGAAUCCAGAGCACUACCGAGUUGAUCCGCAGUAUUCGAGUGAUCAAACUCAUUGCUUGGGACUCGUUUUUCCAGCGGAAGAUUGGCGACCAACGCGCCGCCGAACUCAAGGUGCUUCGUGCCCGCUAUAUGCUCUGGUCGACCUCUGCGACGAUUUGGUACGGCUUGCCUCUGCUGAUCACCUUUUCUUCCUUUUUCUGCUACUCAAUCAUCGGGGGGAAGUCGUUAACUCCUUCUCUUACCUUCACCUCCCUAUCUCUCUUCAACCUCUUGAAGUCGCCGAUCGACGACUUGAUCAGCAUCAUUGGACGUGUCCAGGGCUCCCUCGUCGCUGUCGGGCGGGUGCAGAGCUUCUUGGGUGAGGAGGAAACGGAGAAAUAUCAAAUCCUUGGUUCUCCCACCGGUCGCCAAGUGGGAAUUGGCUUCGAGCACGCGACGCUUUCUUGGCCAGGAAAGAGCGAGGCGACAGAUCUCUCAUCAACGAACCGCAAGACAACAGAGAGUCCCAAAUCUUUCUCGCUCAAAAACCUCGACUUCAAGUUCAAGGUUGGAAAGCUCAAUAUCGUCAUUGGACCUACCGGCAGCGGCAAGUCUUCGCUCCUGUAUGCGCUAUUGGGAGAGAUGCCGCUUCUCUCUGGAAAUGUGAGGAUGCCUGCCGCGGUUUCUCGCGAAGCUCUGCCUCAGGAUGAGAAGACAGGCUUGGUUGAGGGUGUCGCAUUCUGUGCUCAAGAGGCUUGGCUAACUAACAACACGGUGCGCAACAACAUCCUCUUCGGCCGACCCCUCGAUGAAGAGCGGUACAAGGCUGUCCUACAAGCCUGCGCCCUCGAGCCCGACCUGAAAAUAUUGCCUCGGGGUGAUCUCACCUCCGUUGGAGAUGGGGGAGUUUCUCUCUCUGGUGGGCAGAAACAACGUGUGUCCCUCGCACGCGCUGUUUAUUCCAAUGCGCGCCAUCUGCUUCUGGAUGACUGCUUGAGUGCUGUUGACGCUCACACUGCUUCAUGGAUCUUCCAGAGGUGCAUUUCAGGACGCUUGAUGCAGGGACGUACCUGCAUUCUGGCAACACACAAUGUGGCGCUUACAGCGCCUGGCGCCGAUUAUAUCGUCCGCAUCGACAAUGGCACCGUGGUUGCUACGGGUUCUCAACAGGAUUUGGUAGCUCAAGGCCAACUCCCGGAGCUUGCAAACGGGCCGGGCAACCAUGUCACUCAUGAUGAGGUGGCUGGCGACGGUGAAGUGGAUCAGAAGCCCGCUGACGAAAAGGAGGGGGAGGAAGAGAAAAAGUCCGACUCACCUGCCGCCGAGCCUGCUGGACCGAACACAAGACAAACCAUCAUCAAAUACCUCGCUUCCAUGGGCGGAUGGAAAUACUGGAUCUCCCUGGUCGUCUUCUUCGCGGCGCAACAAGUUGGAUCCAUCACCGUGAACUGGUGGGUCCAGCGACUCUCCAACGCGACGGUAGAAGCGCAACGCCGCUCCGGAGACGAGACGGUCGAGAAGCCCGACCCUGCAUCGCCAUGGAGCUUGGAGCACUACUUUGCGAUCUACGCCCUUCUCCUUGCUGUCUAUUUUGUGAUAGGCUUCAUGAGAUUGUACAUCUUGUCCGUCGGCUCUUUGACGGCUUCGGUACGCAUCCACGACAGUCUUCUCAAGUCCGUUCUGAGUGCGACUCUUAAGUUUUUCGACGAUAAAUCAUUUGGUCUCUUGAUCGGGUUGUUCUCUGGAGAUAUGAGAACUGUUGAUCAAGAUCUGGCCGUGCUCGCCAUCGCCACCCUACAUUUCGUGGGGUCACUUGUAGCUACCACGAUUCUCAUCGUCGUCAUUACUCCGCAAUUCUUUUUGCCGGCAAUUCUUAUCUCUCUUGUCUAUUACUUCAUCGCCAAGGUCUACAUCUCCUCGUCGAGUGGCCUCAAAGCUCUCGAGUCGACACGCCAAGCUCCGGUCCUCCAACAUUUUGGCGAGACGCUCUCCGGAAUCGUCACCAUCCGCGCCUACGGGGCAGAGAAGGAAUAUCUGACUAACAGUUCAACUCUGCUUGGGAAGCUGAACCAGCCUUCAUUCUUCCUGGGGGCCACAGAGAGGUGGUUGGUUCUCCGGCUCAGUCUUACAAGCGCCUUCGUUUCCCUGUUUGCUGGCUCCUUUUCCGUCAGAAGUAACGGGGAUGCCGGCACGAUUGGGCUGAGCAUGUCAUAUGCCAUUGCUUUCUCAGAACAGGUACUGUGGUUGAUCCGAUAUUACAUGGUGACUACCCAGAACAUGACCGCUCUCCAGCGCGUUCGUGGCUGCUUGGACGAAAGUGCCGAGGCGCAAGAGGCGAAAUCCGCCAAGGAACCAAGCCAAGAAUGGCCUCCGUCGGGCUUGGUGGAAUACCGGGCAGUGUCCGCACGCUACGCAGCUCACUUGGACCCCGUACUUCGGGACCUGUCCUUCCAAGUCCAGCCCCUGGAGAGGGUGGGUAUCGUCGGCCGCACUGGAGCUGGAAAAUCCAGCCUGGCACUGACUUUGCUGCGCGGCCUCGAAAUCGAGAGCGGGCAGAUUCUGAUCGACGGGUUGAACACCAAAACGAUCGAUUUGCACGCGUUGCGGAGCCGGCUUGCCUACGUGCCGCAAGACCCGACACUCUUUGCUGGGACGCUGCGUCUAAAUCUCGACCCGUACAACGAGCACACUGACAAAGAGGUCGUCGAUGCCUUGGCGCGAGUUGGCUUGCUCGAUUCCCGGGAAGACGAAGGAAAGUUCACGGAUCUAUCCUUCACUCUUGCCGAGAAGGGCUCGAACAUAUCCCAGGGGCAGCGGCAACUCGUGUGCAUUGCACGUGCUGUGUUGAAAGGCUCUAAGGUGGUCGUCCUGGAUGAAGCGACAGCGUCGAUCGACCACGAGUCGGAUCUCAAGAUUCAGGCAUGCAUCCGGACCAUGGAGGCCACUGUCAUCACUAUUGCGCAUCGUCUCCGCACCGUCAUUGACUACGAUCGCAUCAUUGGCCUAGAUGCGGGGCGCGUGAAGGAGUGCGACCACUCGUGGCAGUUGCUUCAGCGCAAAGACGGCAUCUUCAAGGGCAUGUGUGACGCGGCAGUGGACCGCGAAGAGCUGUCUGCUCUUUCGAAAGCGGCUUGGGAUAUUAGGCAAACGGCCUGA